ACAGGAGAGCCCGGUGUGUGGGGACUCGACACAGUCGAGGGACGGCCGCUUCUUGCUCAGGCUUCAGGAAGCCGGUACAAUGGAGAGGUACGAGGCUGCCAUGGUCCUUGGAGCACUCGGGAAUGCCAUGGGCUAUUAUAACGUUACGGGUCACGGGUGCAACAAAGCUGGAUUCAAGCUGACCGAGUCUGAUUUAUCAGCAGAGAUAGACAUAAUGGUUUUUAAACCAUUUCAGUGGAGGGCUCCAUUCGAUACGCUCAUGCACAUGGCGACCGCCGAAGCUUUGGUUUGUGGAUGCGAUUCCAUGCAAGAAUUUUGCACUCAAGCUGCAAAGAGAUAUCUUCUGGCGUUGCAUACCUAUCAGAAAUGUCCUUUACAACCAGUAUCAGAUGGAGUCCAAGUCCGAAAAAAAGCCUAUUCCUCAAAAAGAUACACAUCGAUAAAUAGAAAAGAACCUAAAUUUGGAGCGGCAGCGAGAACAAUGUGCAUUGGAAUGUGCUAUUCAAAGGCGGAGCAACUGAAUGACCUUCUGCAAGCCAGCAUUGAAUGUGGGCAAAUGACACAUAGUUAUCCAGCAGGGUUUCUCGGUACCUUCUCUACAGCAGUUUUUACAUCAUUCGCUAUUCAAGGGAAGCCUAUUGCUGAGUGGGGAAGGAGGAUGAUGGAAUUGAUGCCAACUGCAGAAAAAUACUGUGAAAGGAAGAUGAAGCACUUCUCAGAUUUCCGUGAGAACUUUUUUUCUUUUGAAACCAAUUGGCAAUUUUACCUCCAACAGCGAGGGAUUGAGAAGGAUGGAAGUGAUAAGGCAAUUUUUCCCAAAACCUACAAUAUAGAAGAACAAAACAAGCUGUUCAGACACUGGUGUUCGGAAUCAACUGGGAAGGAUAAGGGCCUGGAGACAACAUUGAUUGCUUAUGAUGCACUCCUGUUUGCUGGUAGUGACUGGAAGAAGAUGUGCUAUUCAGCAAUGUUUCACCGUGGAGAGAGUGAUGCAACAGGUGCCAUUGCAGGAUGUCUCUAUGGAAUUCUCUACGGAGUUGACAAUGUUCCAACGAGUCUUUACAAGAACCUAGAGUUCAAAGGACACCUUGAACUGCUGGGGAGACAACUAUACCACAUUGCUAUUGCAGACCGAUCCUUGUGUCUCAGUGCAGAUCACAAUCCAAGAAAUGAGUCUACAGAUGUACAUCAAAUUGCCAGGAUGUUUGUGAACAAACGUACGGCAGAUGAGAUUAAUAAUUUGAUCAAUUACAUAGCUCAUCUGGAAAAGGUGAAGGAAACAAGCACUGAAAAGUCUGUCAGGUUAACAAACAUAUUUGUUACAACACCACCCAACACUAAAGCAAAAACUGGUGUAAAGCCUCGGCCAACCAAAUUUCAGCUCCUCCAGUCAAGGUUUACAAAGAUCGGUUUUCAAGAUAAACUGGAGAAACUAGCACUUCCCGAGUCCAAGACAAAUAGAAUUUCAAAACUAUCUACCACCACUGCAGAUUGUCAGAAUGGUGCAGUCAAUUUCACCACAGUGGGUAAAGGAGAUGCAUGUUUCACCAAAAUGCAAAACCUUAUGGACUUGCUGACUGAACAAAAAUGUGAAAGUGCAAAAAUUCCAAAGGUAGAUGGUAGUCUCGGAAAACCAAUGAGUAAAAAUGAUGUUACAGCUGGAUGUCACACUGCUCCACAGCCUCACACUAACAGUCCUGAACUUUCAACAGGAGAUAAUGAAUGCAUCAACUUGACCAAAAUGCACAAAACUAUUGAUUUAGUAAUUCAACGAAAAUGUGAACCCAUUAAAAAUGAAGAUGCUACUCUGAAACAAUCGUUUAUCGAAAACGGCACCACAGAUCUUUAUUAUUCAAACACUGUGCAAUCUACUGGGAAACAUCCAAUUUAUACAAAGGAAUCCAAUGACGCAUAUUCAGAGCCUGUCGGAGAAAGAGAUAAGCAUGUGCAACUGGAUUCUCCAAACGACCACAAACACAUGACUUCACCUGAACCAUCUGGGCAAACAGUUGCUGAAGUAUUAUAUCCAAAUACGGGUAUCCAAGUUGAUCACCAGACUAAAUGUAAGCUGACAGAAUCAAUCACUAGUGGUGUGGAUGAACACAGUGGACAAAAUGUACAUUUUGUUCCAAGUAGAAAUCAAAAGCUUCCUUCACAAGAAAUAAUGACAAACUCUUCAUUGAGUGUUUCAGAAAAAAAUCCAUCUAUUAUUGUAACCAAUAUCCAAGAAAAUGGAUAUAAUGAAAGAACAAGGACACCUCCAAGAAGAGGAAGCAAUAAACCUAUAGUUAUUGACUUUCCUAAUAUCGUAACUAAUGAUGGCCAGCACUGUUUAUUGCAAGUCACUGAAGAUAUUUUAUCUAUUAAAAGCAACACAGAGGAAAAUCCACAACAAAGAGUGACAGAAAGUAAAGAGGAAACAACAAAAUCAUUAACAUCUAGCCCACAAUUAGUUUCUGACACAUCUAAGACACAAACACUAAAAGAUACUUUGCAAAAACCAAAAUCCACAUUCACUAAUGGACCUCUAACAUUGCCGAAUGAUAAACAGCAUGAAAUCAAACAAGAUGACCAAUGGUGUAAAUACAUGCUCAAUGAGUUGGUUAAUGGAGUUAAAUAUCACGAUGUCAUGACAAAGGAACAUUCUCCACAAACAGAUACAAAACUGGUGAAAAAUACAAUCUCACAAAUGAAACACUUCAACCCAUUUGUCAACUUGAGUGAAAAUCAAUCAGUGGAUGAAACCACACAGAAUUCAGAGCCUGCUCCUAGAAUUCCCUUUCCUCACAAUGAAUUACUAGGAAUAGAUGAUGAUGAUACACAAAAGAAAUGCACUGGAGCCAUACACCGCACACAUGUACUGCAAGGACAAUGUCUGCAAGUUCAAAAGGUGAACUCGGAGGAAACUGGCAAACCACAAAUCAGAAGUCUGCAGCUAUUCACUGACCCACAUGAAGAGCAAAAGCUGAAGAGAAUUGAACCAAACUCAGAGUCAGGAUCCUCAAACAAAAUCCAAACACUGCCAGAGACACAGUCAACAGAAAAGAAAAAGGAUAAUCAGUGCAGAAAUAUUCCCUGUCAGUCCAGUGACUCGGGCCACACAGUUGUGCCGCUCAGAGUUGGCCAGGAGCAUCAACCUUCAGAAACACUAUCAGAAAUCGCACCGGCAACAAUCUUACAAACUGCGAAUCCCGAGUCACUCUCUGACUUGUACAAAAAGCAAAAGCUGAUCGAGAAUCCACAAAAACGGCAGCUAUUUGUUGUCACAGCCAAAGCAGAAAGUGAUCAUCAACAUGCAGACCUCUGCAGCCAGCCGAAGGAAUUAGUGAAUCUAACCAACCGCUGUGGGGAUUUGCAAGAAUCUUUUCAUGCUGUUGAUCCCAAUAUCAAACGUGCUGCUGCAGAAUGGAACGGAUGUACAAGUCCUGCAAAGUCAUGGAAGUACAAGGCAUAUAGUUACGCUGACCCUUCAGUGAUUUCAAAAUCUAACCAGAGAUUACUACUGAGAGCUACUGAUGUCAUACAACUCUCCACCUCAAAGAUCUGAUUUUCCCUGACAAUGGACUGAAUACAAAACCAUUGUUAUCUCUGGAAUGUGUGAUCAUAACAUCAUAUUUUAGUGUUUUGUAUCAUAUCAGACAAAUGGAUAUUAGGGAUUCAAGAUUUAUAAUUUGCUGAAAUUCCACAUGUGUAAAAAACUUUUAAACAGAUUUUUUAAUGUGUCAAAGCUGAUCCUCGAUUAUAUAUUCAUUCCGGUUAUGUAUUUAAACCAGUCAUAUUUACAAAUGAAUAUGUUCACAAAUAGACUUGCCAAAGACCGAUGUGAUGCAAAGCCAAAUAGAUGAGUCAAUCCAAUGUGGAUCACGUUACGAUGAAAGCAAUGUCGAAUCUAUCACUCUGCACUCCCUUUACCAUCAGAUUUGCCAAGUUAGUUUUCAUGCUGAAGUAUCGUUCAGACAAUCUUGUCAAUGCCAUUACUCAUAAUCGUUUACUUCGAAGUUUAAUUUAAAUAUUUAGUGUAAUCCUCGCGUUCCUCUUCUUAGACGUACGACUGAUAAAGCGGUGAACAUCAAGGUCAGUCAUUCCAGUUUCUAAUUGUGCUGUCAGCAUCUACAGCUUAGAUUGGAAGAGGAGUAACAGAGGUAACAUAACAGCUUCAUUAACGUAUUUAUUCCACGUUGCAAAUGAAUGAGCACCACAUGAAAAAAUAAAAG